AAGUUUUGCUGCUAAGUGAUGAAAUUUUACUAAUAUCUUAACAGUAAUACAGACUUGUGUAGGUAGCGUUGGUCCCAGUAAAACUGGCUGCUCUGGUAAGUCUGCCAAAUUAUUGUGGAACUGAUUUACUGAGCACUACACAAACUGGUUCUCAGUUCCCAGGAGAAACACAGUAUUCCUGAAGGUAUCUUGUUAGCCUACACUUAGAGCUCCUGAAUUUUAUGUGGCAAACUGCCUUUUCUUUAACCUAACUAACAAUCUGAAAAUUACUUUGGUACACGUGAAAUUAUAUUUGCUUUUGCUGAAGUUUUGUUUCUGAACAUUUGGCAGUUUAUGUGCCAUUUUUAAGGCAGCCCAGGAGCGGAGCUCAGGUGGAUUGUGGUGCUGAGCUGCUGGAAUCAUGCAGGACCUUUGCACAGACUGGGUGUGUGAAGGUGCAGGCAAGAGCUGUGAGCUGGGCCUUGCCUGGAGCAUGUGGGAUGCACCUUGGGCUGCUCCUGCAGCGUUACCCUGCUGGGCUCGAUGCGAAUUCCUGGAUAAACCUGGCAAAAGAAGGAAGGUUCUGUAAAAUUCUUUUGAGGAUAAUGGUUAAUUAUUUCAGCAGAGCAAACGUGCUUCCAUCCUUUCUGCUCUUUCUGUGGUAAGGAUACAUUUCAUGCCAGCAGGUUCAAGAUACUAAAAUUGUGUUAUUUUACCGUCUCCAUCACUGUUGACUGGAGGGUGCAAAGACAGGCUGCCGGGCUCGUUCUGUGCGCUUCUCCAAUUCGUUUCAGCUGUCUGUCCCUACAAAACUGAGGCUGGGGCAGCGGAGUCUCCUCAGCGUUUGUAACGCGGUGCCGGGCGCGGCCCCUCGCUCGGGGGAGCAGCGCAGGAGCGUUCAGCGUCCGCCUGCUCCGUGUUGAUCAAGGCUCGCGUGCCGCACUUGGUCUGUUCCCGCCGCUUCCCAGAGAUUCGUCAGAUUCCUCUCAGCCUCCGACACUGCUCUGGCUCUCCUCCCUCCGCAGGGCUGCGCUCGUGUAUUCUGGCUCGGUGCUGCGGGCCCGGCCCGGGCCAUGGCGACACGGGAGGCGCCGCGCGGUUUCCAUGGCGACGCUGACCCCGCGCGGCCGCCGUAGAAGGGGGGGGCGGCGCGCGCGGCCCGGGGAAUGGCGGCGGCCGCGUUCGAGCGGCGCGUGCUGCGGCGGGCGGCCGAGCAUCACUAUCUGCGCGUGCGCCUGGAGCUGCCCGACGGCGGGGCCCGGCCGAACGCCGCGCAGUUCAAGCAGCUGGUGGUGACCGCGCUGAGGGAGCUGCACGGAGAGGCUGGAGCAGCUUUGCCUUUUGAUGUCUUAACAUAUGAGGAAAAAACACUGUCUGCCAUAUUAAGAGUAAUUAGCAGUGGCCUUGUCAAGCUGUGGAGUGCUCUAACCUUGCUGGGCUUCUACCAGAGCAGGAGGUGUGCCUUCCGGGUGCUGCAGACAUCUCCAUUUCUACUUGCGUUAUCCGGCAACAGCAGAGAAUUAGUCUUGGACUGAAUGCAGUUGUUGGUUCAGCUGCACACAGGAGAAGUUCCUGGAAAUGUUGUGGCCCUUCAGGCAUGGAAUUUCUGGAGGG